UAUGCAAUUUCCACAACUUAGGACCCAGCCAAGCCAUCCCCCUCCCACUCUGUGAUGAGUUUCAUUUCUGAUCUCUGUUUUUGAGGGGCGAUUUCACUAAGUUUCAGUUCUCCCUGGGAAGUGGGAGGAGCCAGCACUAUUUAAAAGAUUGGAGUCGGCAACUGAACUCUCAUGCUGAGCAGUGUCCCCGGAGUGUAUGCCCAGGAAGAAGAAAUCAAAGAUGGUUCUUAGCACAGAAGAAUCUGGAAACCCUGCUUCAGUCACCUUACCCAGUGACCAAUUGCCCAAUGGAGAGACUGGCCUAGAAGAGAAAAACCAGGACUCUGUGAACAACCUCUGCAUGCAGUAUGAGGAGAAGGUGCGGCCCUGCAUUGACCUCAUCGACUCCCUGCGGGCCCUGGGCGUGGAGCAGGACCUGGCCCUGCCUGCCAUAGCAGUCAUUGGGGACCAGAGCUCAGGGAAGAGCUCUGUGCUGGAAGCACUUUCAGGAGUGGCCCUCCCCAGAGGCAGCGGUAUCGUCACCAGGUGCCCUCUGGUGCUGAAACUGAGGAAGUCGGAACCAGGAGAGGAGUGGAGAGGCAAGGUCAUUUAUGACGACAUUGAAGUGGAGCUCUCAGAUCCCUCCCAGGUGGAAGAGGCCAUCAACAAAGGCCAGAACUUUAUUGCUGGGGUAGGGCUGGGAAUCAGUGAUAAACUCAUUAGCCUGGAUGUCAGCUCCCCAAAUGUCCCGGACCUGACCCUGAUUGACCUGCCUGGGAUCACCAGGGUGGCUGUGGGCAACCAGCCUGCAGACAUCGGACAGCAGAUCAAAAGACUCAUCAAGAUGUACAUCCAGAAACAGGAGACCAUCAACCUGGUGGUGGUCCCCAGUAAUGUGGACAUUGCCACCACAGAGGCACUGAGCAUGGCUCAGGAGGUGGACCCUGACGGGGACAGGACCAUAGGGAUCUUGACCAAGCCCGAUCUGGUUGACAGAGGUACUGAAGACAAAGUUGUUGAUGUGGUGCGGAACCUGGUGUACCACCUGAAGAAGGGCUACAUGGUGGUCAAGUGCAGGGGUCAGCAGGACAUCCAGAAUCAGCUGAGCCUGACUGAGGCCCUUGAGAAGGAGCAAGUCUUUUUCAAGGAGCACCCUCACUUCAGUGUUCUUCUGGAGGAUGGGAAGGCCACCGUGCCCUGUCUGGCAGAGAGACUGACCACGGAGCUCAUCGCACACAUCUGUAAAUCUCUGCCUUUGUUAGAAAAUCAAAUAAAGAAGUGUUACCAGGCUGCAAGCGAGGAGCUGCAGAAGUAUGGUGCAGACAUACCAGAAGAUGACGACGGGAAAACGUUCUUCCUGAUCGAUAAAAUCAAUGCUUUUAACCAGGACAUCACUGCCUUAGUACAAGGGGAGGAGAAUGUGGGGGAGGAGGAAUCUCGCCUGUUCAACAAGAUCCGAGGGGAGUUCUUCUCGUGGAGUAAGGAGAUCGAAAAACAUUUCCAAAGCGGUUAUGAUAUUUUAUAUAAUGAAGUCUGGAAAUUUGAAAAGCAGUAUCGAGGCCGGGAGCUGCCAGGCUUUGUGAACUACAAAACGUUUGAGAACAUCAUAAGAAGCCAAAUCAGAGUCCUGGAAGACCCAGCUGUAGAUAUGCUGCACAAGGUCACCGAAAUGGUACGAGUGGCCUUUUCGAAAGUUUCUGAAAAAAAUUUUGAUGAGUUUUUUAACCUCCACAGAACGACCAAGUCCAAACUCGAAGACAUUAGAUUAGAUCAAGAAAAGGAAGCGGAGAAGAUGAUCCGACUUCACUUUCAGAUGGAGCAGAUCAUCUACUGCCAGGACCAAGUCUACAGGGGAGCUUUGCAGAAGGUCAGAGAGAAGGAAGCCGAGGAGGAGAAGAAUAAGACAAAGUCAAGUAGCUCCUUUUCCUCUCAAGCUUUGCAGAACUCAUCAAUGGCUGAGAUCUUUCAGCAUCUGAAUGCCUACCGCCAGGAAGCUCACAACCGCAUCUCCAGCCACAUUCCUUUGAUCAUCCAGUAUUUCAUCCUGAAAAUGUUUGCUGAGCAGCUGCAGAAGGGCAUGCUCCAGCUCCUGCAGGACAGGGAUUCCUGUAGCUGGCUCCUGAAGGAACGCAAUGACACCAGCGAGAAGAGGAAGUUCCUGAAGGAGAGGCUGUCAAGGCUGUCCCAGGCUCGCCGCCGGCUAGCCAAAUUCCCUGGUUAAGCUGGCUUUGUCCUUCCCCGUAUUUCCUGGACAAUAGUACUUAGUGACAGAAGGGCUCCUGCCUUUCCUGGUAGCUAUACCACUACCCUUUAGCCUCUGACCUGGUAUUGGUGUUAGCAAUCAGGAGCAAAGGGGAGCUUUCUGCUCACUCUGAGAUGAGGAAGGAGAAGAGGCUCUCAAAACACAGGAAGUAGAUGUGUAGACAAUGCCACUUUUCUGUUAUGACAAUGACUUAACCCUCAGAACCUUUCCCACAUUAGCCUCUACUUUCUUAGCACCUGUUUCUGUGCACCCUACUAGUUUAAUGAACAAAUGAGCCAUGGUCUUGGGAA